UUAUUUUUAUUGUUGAGAUUAAUUUGUGAGAAAUAUAAACAUAAAUAAAAAUAAACCGGUGUAAGGAAAACAGCAACUCUUACCUUUUUUGUAAUGAAUCAUAGAAAUAUGAAAAAAAUUCUUUGUUGAAAAAUAUAUUUAAUUGCAAAAACCAAUAGCAAAAACUCUCAAUGUUAGAUUUAAACAGAGAUGGUAUCUACAAGGGGAAUCAAAUAUAGAUUCACUGAAGGAGAAAAAGUUUUAUGUUAUGAGCCCGAUAUAACAAAAGCCCGCGUUUUAUAUGAUUCAAAAGUAAGUAAAAUAAUAUUUAAAUUCUUUUCAAAUCAAUAUGAAUAUAUUUCUUCUAAGGUUCUGGGAAUAAGUGAAGCUAGAGAUAAAAGAGGCCGACGAAUUGUUCAGUACAAAAUUCAUUUUCAAGGAUGGAAUUCUUCGUGGGAUCGAAAAGUAAAUUCAGAUCUUGUUUUAAAGGAUACUGAGGAAAAUAGGCAACUUCAAAAAAAUUUAGCAGAGAAAGCUCAACUUCAACUUGGCGCAUAUUUGUACCGUCGAGAUAGAAAAAAACGAGUUCGCAACGAAAAGACAGUUCCCGACAAUUCUAUAUCUCCUACAUCACGCAAAAUACGAGGUUCGUCGGAAGACAAUAGUUCUUGUAGUACAUUGGGAAAAUUAGAAGCAGAUUUUGGAAUGAGAGAUGAUUGUGACACAGAGUCUUAUAGCAGCUCAGUGGAAAGUUUUCACGAAGAAGACAGAGUUCUACUAAAAAUUGGUGACAAAUUGAAAGAAUUUUUAGAAUACGAUUAUGACAUGAUAGUGAAUCAUAAUAAACAACAUAUUCUUCCACCUAGAGUAACUGCGAUUACUAUUUUAGAAAACUUUGUGAAACAAAGUGCCAUUAAAUUGGUAUUUUCUUCCUCACAACCAGAAAAUCCACGGAGACGUAAUCCACAGUCCAAAGUUGAAAAAAAAGAAAAGGAAUUUGAGAAAUUAUUCAAUACGGUUACUUUAUUAAAAGAAGUUGCCGAUGGAUUGCGAGUUUAUCUUAAUUUCACUAUUACAGAUUAUCUUUUAUAUAAAAAUGAAAAAGAAGAAGCUGCCUUUUUGCUAUCUGACAAAAAUUUGAAAAAUUUCAACUAUUUAGCCUCUGUUGGAUUAUCACCAGAUUUUUUGCUACCCAAAUCAGAUUCAGAACUUCUUUUUAAUUUAGAUAAUCCAGAAUCUCGUACAAAUAAUACUAACAAAGGUGGUUCUGAUGUUCAAAAUACUAAUGUGGCACCUGACGAACCGCUAAGAAGGAAACUUAGAUCAUGCCGUAGUGACGAUUGUGAUGUUCUUUUAGAAAAUUGCCUAUCCAGUAAAGCUAGCAAUAGUUCUGGAAGUUCAACACCACACGCAUCAUCAUUUAAUUCCAGUAAUUUGGAUUUUUUGAAAUCAUUUUCUCCAAUAACUUUGGGUAUACCAGUACAAGUGAAGGAGUUUUUACAAAAAGUCCUAUCAUGGCAACUUUUACCAUCAAAUUCUGAAGCUGAACCUUCAAUGAUGUUUGGUGCAACACACUUGGCCAGAUUAAUUGUUAAAUUACCAGAUUUCCUUAAUGCAUCUACUAUCAGUGAUGAUAAAUUAAAAAUUUUGCUGCAACAUUUAGAUUCCUUCGUUUUAUAUUUGGAGUCUCAUAAGGAAUGGUUUAGCGAACAAAAUUAUUUUAAAGAUUGCCCACAAAAAUUCAUAUCAUCGCCAAAAGAAUAGGAACUUCACUUUUUUUUUUCAAUAUUAUUAAGAGAUUAUGAAAUGUUCUGCAUUU